AAAAUCUAUGCAAUACUACUUUGACACAAAUAAUGUUAUGCGAAAGAAAUUUUAUUGUUGAAGAGGGAAUAUUUUCACUUUCAAAGAUUGUAAUCAAGGAGAUUGCAUGAGUAGGCAAGUCGGUUACCUUCUCCUCAUUCUCGUGAGAAGAAGACAGGUUCACUUCUGCUAUAAUUAAUACCACUACUCAGUGUUAUCAACAACCCCACUAUCUGUUUUAUAUUGCACGUCUAUCUUAUAGAUUUGAUCUUCCUUGUCUGAACGAGAGUAGUGUAUGUUCUGGGUGGUAAAGCAAGGUUGAAAAUAACUGUAACACAAUGGGAGGAACGACAGAGUUUGAGAGGAAGGUGAGGAUGGAGAGGAGACUGAAGACAGGGGAAGUAGUUUUGAGAUUUGUAAUGGUGGCUUUGGCCAUUCUUUCUGCAGAGCGUGUGGCAACUGAUACACAAACUCGAAGUAUUUUUUCCAUUAACAAAAGGGCCAAGUUCACCGACAUGAAAGCUCUUCUGUUUCUUGUUACUAUCAACGGAAUUGUGGCGGCCUAUUCUUUCGUUCAAGGGCUCAGAUGUGUUAUAAGUAUGUACAUUGGAAUUCCUUUGAUCAACAAGCCUCUAGCAUGGCUGAUUUUUGGUUUUGACCAGACAAUAGCCUACAUGUCUCUUGCAGCAGCAGCAGCUGCUGCUGAGUCUGCAUACCUGUCAAAAAGGGGCCAAAAAGAGUUUCAGUGGAUCCAAGUCUGCGAUUUGUUUGGCAAGUUCUGUACCCAAGUUGGAGAGGGGCUUGUCACUGCCUUUCUUGUGAGUCUAUGUCUGAUAACUGUUUCUGGAUUAUCUGCAUAUCAUCUCUUCAGAUUGUAUGGUAGUAAAGGCAAAAGUGUUCAGUGAAGAUCAUAAGCCAGAAACAUGUAUAGUCAAAUUUAUAUUGUAUAUCUAUGGUUUAAUAUUGCAACUGGGAAAACUAAGUUUGUUGAUAUCUUUGUCAAUGUAAAGAAACGUUCCUGUUUCAGUUUACGGGCAUUUGGCCAUUUUAAUAUUUGAAGUUUACAUACUUGAAGUUGUA